AUAAAAAUAACUUUCUGUGAAAAAAAAAAAAAACUUGUUAAAAAAAAAAAAGUCUGACUAAACGUUUGCUUCUUCUUCUUCACACAAAACUGUAGGGAAGAAAAGGAAUAAUGGAGUUUGGAUUAGCCACUUCGAGUUUUCUGGGUACUCAACUAAUCCCGGCCACUCUGUUUAGCAAACGAGCUCGAGCUUUGUCUCUCACCGUCACAGCGACCGGUGGCAGCAGAAACAAUAAGGUUUACACGAGGCUUGAUUCUUGUCUAGUGAUUCCUCCUCCUCCUAAAUUCAAGAAACCGCGUGCUAUUGUUAAAUUCUUGGGAGGUGCCUUCGUCGGAGCUGUUCCUGAACUCACUUACAGGUACUUUGAUUCUCCGAGUUCAUCAAAUUUCACAUAACCUAAAAGAUGUUGUUCCUUUGUCUCUGUGUGAUUUGUAGUUACCUUAAGGAGCUACUGGCAAAGGAAGGGUAUUUGAUAGUAUCUGUGCCGUACAAUGUUACAUUUGAUCAUGAACAAGCUGCUAAGCAAGUUUAUGAGAGGUUUAAUUCAUGCUUGGACACGAUUGUCUCAUCUGGAAUUCCAAAUUCAAACUUGAAGCCUGGAGAUUUAGCUGACCUUCCUCUUUUCUCAGUUGGUCACAGUAAUGGUGCACUGCUCCAAGUUUUGACCGGAAGUUAUUUUGCUGAGAAGAUACCAAAGGUUAAUGCCAUUAUUUCAUUCAAUAACAAAUCAGCGACAGAGGCGGUUCCAUAUUUUGAGCAGCUUGGUCCUCUCAUCCAGCAGAUGCUGCCAAUGGUGGAAGCUUCUCCAGUAUAUGAAAUGGCUCGAAAUGCUUCAGGUGAUGUUUUGAAACUCUUACUUGACACAGCUGGGACAACGAUUCUAAACAACGAUCAAGAAGCUCUUAAGUCAUUUACUAAAUUGGUGGAUCAAUUGCCAUCAGUAUUUGGUGAGGUAGGACAAGGAGUGUCAGAAUUCAGACCGUCACCACUUGAGAAUCGCAAUUGCUUCAAGUGCUCCUACAGCGUUCCACACACUCUACUGGUACAAUUCAACUCCGAUGCAAUCGACGAGACUGAUUUGCUCGAAGAAACUCUUAGGCCUCGGAUAGAAUCUAUUGGUGGUACACUUGAAAAGGUUCGGCUGAACGGAAACCAUCUUACACCUUGCAUACAGGAUCCAAAGUGGCAAAUUGGGACUGUGUACACGCCAGCAGACGCUGUGGCUCAGGCGCUAAAGACCAUUCCUCUUAGCGAAACUCGAGUUCUUUCCAGGACGAUCGUUGACUGGUUUAGACGGUUUGAGAAUUGAGCUGUCUCAUGUAAUGUUGAAAUCAAUGUUAAGAUUUAUAUAUACCGACGAACAAGACUAGCAUUGAUCAGCUUCAAGGCCAAAAAACAUGUAUAUACAUGGGCGACGUCUUACAAAGAUUUCCAUUGUUAAUCACCUUUAACACAGAAUAUCAAAUAUUGGUCAUUGGUUUAUGGUUUGAAAUCAAAGUGUAGGGAACUGGGAUAUUGAUAACUAAAUUUGGGUUUUACCGAAAUAGCUUCCAAAGUACAAAAGAAAAAUGUAAUUUAAAUCAGAAAUAUUUUCUCAGAUGUUAUAGAAAAGUUGAAAUAUUAUUAGAA